AUCGCAAAUUCGCAGAGCAGAUUGCUUUUUAUCAGCUAAAACUAAAAGUUGCAACAGUUUCCUUCCACUGCUGAAACGUGAUCCACAACAUGGAGAGUACGAUGAAGGAGAUGAGGGACGGUGCAUCCGUGCUCGACUUGGACCCCAAGUCCACGGUCGGUGGUGGCGUUGAGGACGUUUAUGGUGAAGACCGCGCCACCGAGCAGCAGCUUGUCACCCCCUGGACUUACUCCGUUGCCAGUGGGUAUUCAAUGUUGAGGGAUCCAAAAUACAACAAAGGGCUUGCAUUUACAGAGAAGGAGAGAGAUGCUCACUACUUGCGUGGUCUACUGCCUCCAGCUGUUUCUACUCAACAGCUUCAGGAGAAGAAAUUGAUGAACACACUCAGACAAUACCAAGUUCCGCUGCAAAAGUACAUGGCCUUGACUGAACUUCAGGAGAGGAAUAGAAAACUGUUCUAUAAGCUUCUCAUUGAUAAUGUUGAGGAACUGCUCCCAAUAGUUUACACCCCAACUGUAGGUGAAGCUUGUCAGAAGUUUGGAAGUAUUUUCAGGCGCCCUCAGGGUCUCUAUAUAAGUCUGAAAGAGAAGGGAAAGAUUCUUGAGGUUUUGAAGAAUUGGCCCGAAAGAAGCAUUCAAGUUAUUGUUGUUACUGAUGGUGAGCGUAUUCUGGGUCUUGGUGAUCUUGGCUGUCAGGGUAUGGGAAUUCCUGUUGGAAAAUUGGCUUUGUACACAGCACUUGGAGGGAUUCGUCCUUCAGCGUGUUUGCCUAUAACCAUUGAUGUUGGUACAAACAAUGAGCAAUUGUUGAAUGAUGAGUUCUACAUUGGACUACGGCAAAGGAGGGCAACUGGGCAGGAGUAUUAUGAAUUGGUUCGUGAGUUCAUGACUGCUGUCAAACAGAACUAUGGGGAAAAUGUUCUUGUACAGUUUGAGGAUUUUGCGAAUCAUAAUGCUUUUGAGCUGCUUGCAAAGUAUCGCACAACUCAUCUUGUCUUCAAUGAUGAUAUACAGGGUACAGCAUCCGUUGUUCUUGCAGGGGUUGUUGCAGCACUGAAGUUGAUUGGUGGUAAUCUAGCUGACCACACAUUCUUGUUCCUUGGUGCUGGGGAAGCUGGUACUGGUAUAGCUGAGCUUAUAGCUCUUGAGAUCUCAAAGAAGACAAAAACUCCUUUGGAAGAAACUCGUAAAAAGAUCUGGCUUGUGGAUUCUAAGGGACUGAUUGUUAGCUCACGUAAGGAAUCACUUCAACACUUCAAGAAGCCUUGGGCUCAUGAACAUGAACCCGUUAAGGAUCUAUUAGGGGCUGUCAAGGCAAUCAAGCCAACGGUUUUGAUUGGUUCAUCUGGAGUGGGAAGGACUUUUACAAAGGAAGUAGUUGAGGCUGUGACCUCUUGCAAUGAGAAACCUCUUAUUAUGGCUCUUUCCAAUCCAACUUCACAAUCUGAGUGUACAGCUGAAGAAGCUUAUACUUGGAGUAAGGGUCGUGCAAUUUUUGCUAGUGGGAGUCCAUUUGAUCCUUUCAAAUAUGAGGGAAAAGUUUUUGUUCCUGGCCAGGCCAACAAUGCUUACAUUUUCCCAGGAUUUGGUUUGGGUGUGGUCAUUUCUGGAGCAAUUCGUGUGCAUGAUGAUAUGCUCCUGGCAGCAUCGGAGGCCUUGGCUUGUCAAGUUUCUCAGGAGAACUAUGACAAGGGACUGAUCUAUCCACCAUUCUCUAAUAUAAGAAAAAUUUCAGCCCACAUCGCUGCUAAUGUAGCUGCUAAGGCAUAUGAACUUGGCUUGGCUACUCGUCUACCUCGUCCUGAAAAUCUUGUGAAGUAUGCUGAGAGCUGCAUGUACAGUCCUAUCUACCGAAAUUACCGCUGAGCAAUAAGAGGUUUUUUUAACUAAUAUAUGCUAUACUUGUGUGUUUUCAAAUAAGUAGCUUCAAGCCCAAAAGAACGCGCCUUUUUUUUGGUUUGUUGUGUUAUCUCCGAAGUGUAUCUCCAACAUGCUAUGUUCUAAACUCUUGUAUGUUUGCACUUAGCCCUAGGGACGCGUAAUGUGCACCAAAAACCUAGGCUUAUGAAAGGUUUGUAAGAUUAUCUCCCUUCCCCUCAAAUUCCUUCUUUUUCCAAAAUAAUAAUAAUAAUAACUAUUUUAAUGUGUA